AUGCCAGGGGGCGUGGACGACAAGAAGUCUUCGGAUAAGCGCUUGGCAGGUCCCAAACCCAAGUCUUCCAGCAAUGGAGCACCCUCCCAAACUGGCGAAGAAGUCAAAGGCCAGCCGAAGACAAAGGUGACUGAAACCGGGAAACCUGUUGAAGAGAAGACGAAACAGUCAAUUUCCAAGCCAUCCGAACGUAGACAAGACUUUGACAAAGGCUCGAACACUCAGCCGUCCGACACUCGAUUAUUGGGCCAGGAGCUAACGACUGCUCCUACUGUAAAGUCAAUCGGGGCUGAAACGGUCACGAAGCCGUCUGGCGAAGAAAAGGGGCCAACGUCCAAGACCACAAAUAUUGAUGCCGGGGUGAAGAAGACAAGAGCGACAAAAGCGACAGAGCGAGUGGCGGAGUCGAAGAAGAAGGCUUUGCCUAUCGCUCAACAGACCUCCAAAGAGGCUGAACGUCAAGGCGGAUCAACUUCUGAAAACGAGGAUGCUACAUACAUUCCGACGGAUGACGAUGAUCGCCGCGCACAGCCGCGACCCAGAGCAACAGGACCGCAACGUCUGGUACAAAGUAGAGGGUCUGAAACACUUCCUGAACCGCUCGCUAUCCAGGCCCCUCAGCCUGCAGCCUCAGGCACUCAGGUUGUAUCCGGGGACCCACGGAACCCAGCGACGUCGUGGACGAAGAUAACCCCUGUCUACCCCGGAGAACUGAAGAACGGGUCUGUGGAGUCAGAACUUCAAGCAGCCAGUCUACGCCUCCACCAGAGCGAGAACAGGGCUCGUGAAUUGACAGCCAGCGUCAACACCGUCGUCCGAUCGUUCGUCCGUCAGAAUGAAGCCGAGAAGAAGAUCCCUCAAUUAGAGGAACAGUUGUCGAGGGCUUUCCGGGAGAUAACCGAGCUCCGCAAAGACCUUGACAACGAGAAAAAGAGGUCAGAAGCGCAGCUGGCGAAACUGAAUGAACAGGAAAAUACCAUAGCCUAUUACGCCAACAACAUCAACUUGUUGACUUCCGUCGUCAACAGGAUCCUCCUAGGAACGCCACCUUCGGCCCUGUCACUUCCUUUGCAGCAGCCACCGCUACCUAGUUCCGGCUACCAGCCUCAACAGGAUGCCAACGCAGCCUCUGGCGGCCAUUGGCAAAUUCUAUCCGCUGGUUCAACCUUGAACGAGGGACCUGCCCCAGGAUUUUCUUCUUCCGCUCCCUCAAACCGACGCGUUCAGACCUCCCAUUUCCCUUUGCCAACCCAGGUCCCCCAGACUGCGAGUCAUCUGUCAACUGCGUUCGCGACCCACUUCAAUCAGGCGUUCCGAUACAACUCACCGAAUCCAGCAACCUCCGACAGCCCCCAGAAUGUUUCAGCUGUUUCAAGUCACCCUAUGCAGACCCUCUUAUCCGAAUAUCAACGAAGCACGAUGGAAUUCCCGCCAGAAAUGCAACAAUCCCCAGCUCGAGAUGCUGCAUUCGCCGAGAUGAUGGUUAAUUCAGCAGCAGGGCCCACAGCAGAGGUUAUCCGGGCAUUCCAGGGACAGUCUUCCAUCGCGGCGACUGGGGCUGCAGUUUCCGAGAAUUCGAACGUAGGAACACCAGACUGGCCUUCCCUGAGCGGAAAAGUCGGGCGCCCGGGAGACCCCGUUUUCCAGGACCAGGGCGCAUACGUCGAUGACGGUUUCGGGAAUGCCCCUUUCCUUCAGGGGUCUUCCAGUUCGACUACCCCAACCGAUUUCCUUAGCCUGUCGUCCAAUCCUCCUAGUGUUGACUUCCAAGCAGCCAACCUGCCAGCUCAUAACAUCAGCGGAACCCGAUCCCAUCUAGUUGGCCCUAAAGAAUCAGCGGAGGGGCACUUUGGAAACGGCGAGCUUUAUCAACAAAAUGGUGGGACGGAUACAAGUUGA